CAUCCUUCCGCUUCAAGCAAACGUGUUUACGGUGAUCUAACCCCGCGGACGGACCAGCUUUCUGGGUUUUUUCUUUCUUUUUUUUCUUUUUGAAAACUCCUGAACUAUGGAUGUGACUUCGGUGGAAACUCUAAAAGGUGACGGGGACCAGGCGGGUUUCACCCAGGAGUAUCUGCCCAACUGCACAUGGACGCCCGGUUCCGAGUACAAUGACACGCUGACAGGCGGCUGGGGGAAGCAGCCGGUGCCGUCUGUCCUCUCCAUCAUCACGGCUGUCUAUUCGGCCGUUUUUGUGGUGGGCUUAGGGGGAAACUGUCUGGUAAUGUAUGUCAUCAUCAGACACACCAAGAUGAAGACGGCCACCAACAUCUACAUCUUCAACCUGGCAGUGGCGGACGCUCUGGUCACCACCACCAUGCCCUUCCAGAGCACGGAUUACCUCCUUGACUCGUGGCCCUUCGGUGAGGUGGUCUGCAAGGUGUUCAUCUCCAUCGACUACUACAACAUGUUCACCAGCAUCUUCACACUCACCAUGAUGAGUGUGGAUCGCUACAUCGCCGUCUGCCACCCUGUGAAGGCUCUGGACUUCCGGACCCCAGCCAAGGCCAAGAUAAUCAAUGUCUGUAUAUGGGUUCUUUCUUCUGUGGCUGGUGUACCAGCCUUGAUCCUUGGAAGCACUCAGUCUAACAACGGAACGACGGAGUGCGCGCUGCAGUUCCCAGACCCCUACUUGUACUGGGACACUGUGAUGCGCGUCUGCGUGUUCGCCGUGGGCUUUGUGCUGCCCGUGUUCAUCAUCAGCGCCUGCUACAGCCUGAUGGUGCUUCGUCUGCGCAGCGUCCGGCUGCCCUCGGGCUCCAGGGACGGGGACCGCGGCCUGAGGCGAAUCACGCGCUUGGUCAUGGUGCUGGUGGCCGCCUUCGUGGUGUGCUGGACACCCAUCCACAUCUUCAUCCUGGUGCGCGCUCUGGGCAGCGUGCCCGACUCCCCCCAUGUCACCGCCGCCUACUUCUUCUGCGUCGCCCUGGGAUACGGCAACAGCAGCCUCAACCCUGUGCUCUACGCGUUCCUGGACGAGAACUUCAAGAGGUGCUUCAAAGACUUCUGCAGCCCUUGCCGAGUGAGGGCGGACCAGGAGAAAGGGGUGCAGAUGAGGAAAGCUUCUCGCGUCGCUGCGUACCCCCUGGUGGACAAGGAGAGAACUGUCAAGCCCACAUGACUAGCGGUGGAGCCUUCGUCAGUCCAUCAGCUAGAACCCGAGCCCUCCGACGAGACUGGAAUGACGCAGGUCACCACCGCUGUGUGACGUAGGUAUACUGGGGUAUGUGAACGAAAUGCCACCGUCUCCAUACAUCUGAACAAACCCCAAGCAGAGGGAGGAAACGUGGUGUCUGUUUUUCGAUUUACCAUUUCUGUCGCUCCAUUACAUUUACAUAGAUCAUAAAACAUUCAUAUCUGUCUUGAGUGUGAACCAUUAAAUCAAUGAAAGAGUGAAAUUUUAACUUCAGAUAAAGACAAAUUAAAACAUGAUGUCAAAGGGGUUUGUAUAGGACCAUAAAGCCAUGAAAAUACUGGCAAGCACUCCAACACUGUUUGUUAAGGUUUCUCUUUGGGUCUCUGUCACGAAUCCCAUUGGCAAGCACUCCAACACUGUUUGUUAAGGUUUCUCUUUGGGUCUCUGUCACGAAUCCCAUUGGCAAGCACUCCAACACUGUUUGUUAAGGUUUCUCUUUGGGUCUCUGUCACGAAUCCCAUUGGCAAGCACUCCAACACUGUUUGUUAAGGUUUCUCCUCUCAAGUGUCCUUUGAUGUCAUCUGUCAGGCUUGGUUGUGAGUGCUUCACCAAAAAGUCAGUAAAAGGUUUUCACACAGAUUUUUAUCAUAAUGUAAAAGACUAUGGAAGUACAGGGCUGCCAUAGAGUCUGGGAGCUGGGAGGGAGCAAAAACAUGGACUGUCUGUGGGUCCCUGAGGACCGGAUUGGGAAACACUGACCAUGUUAUUGGUCCCAAAGACCUUGAUUAUAAAAUCCCUGCAUGUUUAUUACGUCAUCUAAAACUAUACUUGUCGUAUUGGCUUUUGCUAAGGAUGUAAUAUCUGUGAUGUACUUGUUAAAGUAAACUCAUGGACUCAUGAAGAUGAGGUAAACUCAAAAGUGACCACCAGUAUUGGUGUUCUUAGUAACUGUAAUGUAUUUGGAAGUGGGAAAAAAUGUAACUAACGAUAACAGUUGUAAAUAUUUAUAUUCAUACUCAUUGUCACCACGGGACAUUUUGAUGGAAGAGCCUUAUUGUUGUGAUAUUGUCGUGUAUCUUUGCCGUUUUCCCUGAGGUUUCUGGGAGGCUGGCUGAUGCUGCCCUCUGCUGGUGACGCAUGGCCACUACUCAGAAAGUCUCACGCAACGUGUUUUAAUGCGACGGUUUUAAUUGAACAUAUGAGUUCAACAAACUCUGUCUUUUUUUUUUUUUUUACAUUUGUCGUUGUCAGUUUGGUUGUCGUUGUCAGUUUGGUUGUUUGGUUGGUGUGUAAAAAAAGACGUACCGUGACAUAACACACCUAUUUCGUUACUGUAAUUUCAUAACAUUAAUAAUGUUAUAGUAUUGCGGAAUUUUCUUAAAUACUGCAUGAUGCUUUGGUACUGGUCAAAUCACUUAACGUUUGAUGUAAAUAAGUGAUAACUGUUCAUUUGAAAACUCACAGAACUACUAAGCUUUACCUGUAAAAUAUUACAUUCUGCUCAGUACGUUGUAUAUGUUCCUUGUUGUCACUGUAUAUUAA